AUGUCUACGCCAAACCCGCGUAACCGCAAGUCGCUGCGCGAUGCGGCCAGUGCGACCCCGUCUGGACUUCAACGCCUUCCAAGUCACACUCUAUAUCCACUCACACCCCGUCGUCUUGCUACUACAGCGACCCCAUCGCGGUCCGUCUCUCGUUUCACACCUCGUGGUCGACCUGCAAUAGCGCCUUCUACGCCCUACGGCCGGAAUGCGCGCCAGCAACGUGCGGCAAACACGCCUGGCCGUGACCGGCGCAGGAGUGGGCGCAUCCAGCGCGAAACGACCUUCGACAUAUUAAAAAACCUUGGUAGAGCGCUUGCCCCCACGACUCAACCAAUUCAUUCAUCUCCCGAAGAAGAGAUCAAGCCCCCACAGAAACCCAGAGAUGAGAUUGAGGAGUUGGACGAGGAGUCAGAAAUCGAGGCACCCGAGUUGACUCUGCCCAUUCAGGAGGUCGAGGGAAGUGAAGAAGGAAGUACCGCAAGAAGUCCGCCUCGUUUGUCUCUGCCCUUCGACGAUGAUGAUAUCACCGUCGAGUACCCAAGGAGAGAUAUCAGCAUUCGAGACCAGGAACGAUUGUCGAUCAUGAGUCGCAAUUUCGGAAGACCAAGCGAUGUGUUCCAGGACAAUCAGUCCGAUAGUGACGCCGAUGAGGGAGAUGAGACGGGCAUUGUGGAAGACGAUGGUGGGGAAGAUACUAUGAUCAGCGGAGGCGAUUUCGAUCGCGGUGGAGAAACGGCGGAUCUGGGACGGUUCAAUCUUGUGAUGGAUUUCCCAUCCCCAGGUGCAAUGCCAGUUGAGGAUGACAUGGGAGACAAUCUCGAUGAAACGGAGGGGUUCGAGUUGGAUGCAGGUGAUAUUCAGCCAGUGCCAGCCUCGCCUUCAGUAGAUGAGAACGCCGAUGCCGCCGGUGAUUUUGGGUUUGAUUUCCCACCUGCCCCUUCUUCGAGCAGCAAGGAAAAGAAAAUAUCCCGUCAUGGAAUUCCUGUGCCCAAUCUGCCAAAGGGGAUCGUCAAGAAAUUGGCCAUGCGUUUCUCAGGUACGAAGGCUGGGUCAAAGGCAAAGAUCAACAAGGCCGCGCUCGAAGCAAUUGAGCAAGCAUCUGCAUGGUAUUUCGAGCAAGCAAGCCAGGACUUGGCUGCAUAUUCGAAACACGCGGGAAGGAAGACCAUUGAUGAGAGCGACGUUGCAACACUAAUGAGGAGACAACGCCACGUCAACAAAUCCACAACAAUCUUUUCACUGGCCCAGAAGCAUUUGCCUAGGGAGCUCCAACAAGAUAUGCGACUCGCUAUGCCACCAUGA